GCGAAGCCUCGAUGACCUGGCCGUAGUCUUUGAAAGAUAACGGAGUUGCUUCCAUUGCUUUCACUGUCACUACCUUCGUCUCUUCCAUUCCAAAUUAUGUCUACGCACUCACCAACACCUCACGCCACAAUUGGGGAUGAAACUUAACAGGAGGAUGCUUGAAAAACCCUAAAGUAAAAGCAGGGGUGAGAGAGAGAAGAAAAGAUGAAGGAAGAAGAGGUGGUGGAAGGCAUAAGAAGGAUUCUGCAACAGAAGAAGGAAAAUGGAGAAUUGGAAUCAGAGAAACUAAAAUGUUUGAUCCCUCACCUCACUCAUCCUCUCAUAGACUCCAUUCUCUCAUGCAAGACUCUCCAACCCACCACGCUCCUCUCCUUCUUCAAUUGCCUCCAAACCCACGCUCCACCUCCGCUCCGCUCAUCCCCUCACGCGCUUCUCUCCAUUCUCCCUCCCCUCCUCGUCCGCCGCAAAUUCGCCGACGCCAAGUCCCUCCUCAUCUCCUUCAUCUCCUCCGACCGCACCCACGCCCUCCACGCGCUCCUCCUCCGCCCCCGCCGCCCCCUCUCCAAACCUCUCCUCGACACUGCCCUUGGCGCCUACGUUCACACCGGCCACCCCCACCACGCCUAUCAACUCUUCCAAAAAAUGAAACGAUUGCAUUUUACUCCUAACCUCCUCACCUGCAACACCCUCCUCAACUCCCUCGUCCGCUCCCUCUCCUCCCACUCCACCUUUCUCGCCUCCGGCGUCUUCCAUGACGCCGUCGCCCUCGGCGUCAAGCCCAACACCAACACUUUCAACAUCCUCAUCUACGGUCACUGCCGCCAUAAAAAGUUUGACCACGCCCUGGCGCUUGUUCAGCAAAUGCCCGAAUUCGGGUGUUUCCCUGAUAUCGUCACCUACAACACCAUUCUGGAUGCCCUGUGCAAGAAAGGUCAGUUGAAUAAAGUGAGGGAUGUACUUACAGAAAUGAAGAAUGCCGGCUUGGUUCCCAAUAGGAAUACUUAUAAUAUCCUUGUUCAUGGGUAUUGCAGGUUGAAGUGGUUGAAGGAGGCUUCUGAGGUUAUUGACUUGAUGACUAAAGAUGGUAUGUUGCCGGACGUUUGGACUUAUAAUACCUUGGUCAGGGGGUUGUGUGAUGAGGGGAAGAUUGAUGAGGCUAUUAGGGUUAGAGAUGAGAUGGUGAGUUUGAAGUUGAUACCGGAUGUUGUUACUUAUAAUACUUUGAUUGAUGGGUGUUUUAAGUGGUGUGGCAGCGUGGAGGGGUUUAGGUUGAUUGAGGAGAUGAAGUUUAGGGGAGUUGAGAUGAAUGUGGUGACUCACAAUAUAGUGGUUAAGUGGUUAUGUCAAAAAGGUAAGAUUGAUGAGGCCAGUGAUGCUGUGGUGAGGAUGGUGGAGAGUGGGGUUUAUCCCGAUCGUUUUACUUAUAAUACUAUGAUUAAUGGUUAUUGUAAAGCAGGGAAGUUGGGAGAGGCGUUUAAGAUGAUGGAUGAGAUGGCACGGAAGGGUUUGAAGCCAGAUGUUUUUACUCUUAACAGUGUGUUACAUACUUUGUGUACGGAGAAGAAGGUUGAAGAGGCGUAUGAGUUAACUGUGCAGGCUGGGAAGCGGGGUUAUGUUCUUGAUGAGGUGACCUAUGGAACUCUGAUCAUGGGGUACUUUAAGGCUGAGCAAGGAGGCAAAGCGUUGAAGCUUUGGGAGGAGAUGAAGGGAAGAGGGAUUCUUCCUAGUGUUGUCACUUACAACACUCUAAUCAGAGGGUUAUGCCUGUCUUGGAAAACUGAUCAGGCAGUGGAUAAAUUGAAUGAGCUUUUGGAGAAGGGUUUGGUCCCUGAUGAGUCUACAUGUAACAUCGUUAUUCGUGGUUAUUGCUGGGAGGGAAUGGUAGAGAAAGCGUUUGAGUUUCAUAACAAAAUGGUAGGGAAGUCCUUCAAACCAGAUAUCUUUACACGUAAUAUUCUCCUUCAAGGACUCUGUAGAGAGGGCAUGCUGGAGAAAGCUGUUAAACUCUUUAACUCAUGGGUCUCUAAAGAGGCUUCCGUUGAUGUAGUUACAUACAACACAUUGAUAUCAGCCCUUUGCAAAGAAGGGAGACUGGAGGAAGCAUUUGAUCUUAUAACUGAAAUGGAAGGUAAAAAUUUGGAGCCUGACCGGUAUACAUAUAAUGCCAUUGUUAAUGCGCUUACACAUGCUGGUAGGACUGAGGAAGCUGAGAAAUUCAUGUCAAAACUUUUAGAGGCAGGGCAAGAUAUGAAACCUCAUGAAACUUCCCAAGAGCUUGAUGCUUCGGGUGAUAUUAUGUACUCAGAGAAAAUAAAUGAUUUGUGUACCCAGGGGAAGUACAAGGAGGCAAUGAAACUAUUUCAAGAGUCAGAAGAGAAGGGAAUUGGUUUAAAUAAAUAUACGUAUAUCAAGUUAAUUGAUGGGUUUUUGAAGAGGCGAAAAAGCGUAUCCAAGGUUGCCCAGCCAAAUUGAAACACUAAAUUGGCUAUGUAAUCAUUAUGGCAUUGGAUCUGGGAUGCUCAUAGUGCUGAAGCAUGUUGUAGAGGUGCUGUUAUGAUGACACUGAAUAAUUUCAUGUAAGUUUACGUCUUCUAAUUUCAUGUCUGAUUUUUUUAACGAGACCUGUAGUGGGAUCUUAUUUUUUGUGGUAAGGGGUGAGGAUGUGGAAGGUACAGGGAGUUAAAUUGUGGACCAGGGUGUAAGUAUGAGAGGGCACCCAAGGUUGCGAGAGAAGGCUUCUAACUUGUUCUGCCAAAAAAUAGCGUUUGUUUUAUUCUGUAAAUUCAUAGAAUUAGUUAAUCAGCACAAAGGAUUUUUUGUGUAUGUUAAGAGUGUUGAAUUCUUUUAUGACAUUAGUGGAGAUUCAAAUUGUCAUAGCAUAUUUUACAUCAA